UUCUUAACUGUGUGCUAUACCGAAGCGUUGUCUUCAGAGUGCUUGUCAAAUUAUACAUUCCAUAACAAGUAUACUGUUGUCAGACUAGUUGGAGCAGAUAUAACAGAAGGAUAUAAAUAAGCAAAUUAAGUGAAAUAGAUAGUUGUACAUGCAUCCUCACGUCAAUUUUGUUCCGGGCAUUUUCAUUAAGUAUAACGCGUGUAUAAUGAUCUGACAUUUAAGUAGCUUUUUAUUUCAGUUUUAUUUUUUUGCUAAAUGUCACAAAUGUGAUGCUAAUGUUAUGUUAAAAAAUAGGUGAUGUCCGGAUUCACAUCAAUAUUUCAUUUUCAGAUCCAAAACAUAACCUGCGGAGUAAACAACUUGUACGGGUCGGGGUGCGAACAAACUAUUAAUAGCAAAUAAAAAACCAACAAUAACUAUAUAACCGUUAAAUAAUAAUGUUUAAAAUGAAGCUAGUCUGGAAUUUCGUAUGUCUCGUAUCAUUAUGGGCCGCAGUUCAAAGUUCACCGUUUGAUGAUGGAAAAUAUAAACCUAAAACUUACGACGAAUACGACGAUGGAAAAUAUUAUAGACCCCCAACUGAAGGCAAAUAUGUCCCAGGUGAUGAGGGAAAGUAUACAUAUAUCUACCAACAGGGUGUUUAUCCUUUUGACGGAACAUACAAACACUUGGAACGUGGAGAUUCGAAUGACUAUAUUGGUUUCCAAAUAUACGCACCCAGAUUCCCUUACAUACAUAGGAUAAUUAAGGAACUAAUAAGCAAAUAUGUUUCACCCGACAUCCUUGUGUUCAGUGAAAUAGAGCCCGCAAAUGUGGAAAUCUUUAAUAAGGGAAUAUCUGAUGCUGAAAUUGCGAUGAAAUGCAAUUUAAUAGAUCCAGCGACCAAAAACAGUACUGACGCAGAAGUUGUUACACAGUAUCCACCUAUGAUGAUGUUAGAAGAAGGUGACAAUCCAGGAGCACUGUACAGUUUCAAGGGCACAAAGCUACUUAGUUCAGUCGACAACAAACAGAACAAACAGAAGACAAAACUGAAGUUACAGUAUGAAGUGUUCGUGAGAGUCAUUGAAGAAACUGAGCUUUAAUAGGUACUAUGUACAUUGUACAGUUCACUGGUGAUAUGUGUAUGUGAAUGAUCUUAAAUUAUAGUAAAAUAUUUAAGUAUUAUUAUAA